GCCGCCCGCGUCUCCUCUUUCCCCAACCAUCCCCCCAUUCCAAUUGGAACUUCCCCCUACUCUGCCAUCAUGUCCCUCAAGCGCAAGGCAGCAGAACUCGCCACCGACGCGAAGAAGGCAAAGACCGCUGGCCAGGGGAGCAUCACGUCUUUCUUCGGCGCGCCCAAGCCCAACCCAACGAAGGCUGCCGCUGCUCCACCCAAGUUCAACAAAGCUGCAUGGGUUGAGAAACUCACCGAUGAGCAGAAGGAGCUGUUGAAGCUGGAGAUUGACACGCUCGAUGAGAGCUGGCUUGCUCAGCUGAAGGAUGAGAUUGUCAAGGAUGACUUCCUGGACCUGAAGCGUUUCUUGAAGAAGGAGGUUGCGAGUGGAACCGUAUAUCCUCCCAUGAAAGACGUGUAUAGCUGGUCCCGUCACACACCACUCCACACCGUCAAGGCCGUCAUUCUCGGUCAGGACCCCUACCACGGUCCCAAUCAAGCUCAUGGCCUCUGCUUCUCUGUCCGGCCGCCUACGCCGGCUCCUCCAUCCCUGAAGAACAUGUACAAGGCCCUCACGAAGGACUACCCAGACUUCAAGCCACCGCCCAAGAACUCCGGUUUGCUGACCCCUUGGGCGGACCAUGGCGUGCUGCUGCUCAACACUGUCCUGACUGUGCGUCGAGGUGACGCCAACUCUCACAAGGGGAGGGGAUGGGAGGCAUUGACGUCCAAAGUCAUCGAGACAGUGUCCAGAGUGAGGAGCAAUGGCGUGGUGUUCCUUUGCUGGGGCAAUUCGGCGGCAGCCAGCGUGUCAAAGGUCAACUCAACGAAGCACUAUAUUCUCAAGAGUGUCCAUCCCAGCCCGCUCAGCGCGUCGAAAGGUUUCUUCGAUUGCGGUCACUUCAAGAAGACGAAUGAAUGGCUGGUCAAGCGCUACGGAGAGGGCUCAGAGAUCGACUGGAAUCUCGACGUUGACCCUGAAGUAGCGGGUGUCUAGUUUGGAGAUGUUUCAUCUUCCUAAUGCUAUAGCAAGGCGUUUAGUCACACAGACCUCACUGAGUAUGGCAGGCGAUAGGCGGUAUUCGGAGUUUGGGUUUUUGAUCAAACCACGAUAGGUCUCUUUGGUUUCUCUCAUAAUUGAUAUGGCGUUGCCAAAAUAGCGUAGGUGCUGCGAGAUAAGGCCAGAAGCUUAUGGUCAAGAAAUUCGAGUGGAUUCUUCCUUUCACCUCUGCAGUCAUCAUCACGUGCCGUGGAAUAUAGUACGAGAGUACGAUUGCUAAU